AAGAAAAAAGAAAACUAGACCUAUAUUUUAAUGAAUACGCAGAUGGAAAGCUAAUGCUAAUGUUUCUGUAGACAUUUUGGCACCGGAGCAUGUGUGACUGGGUACGUGCCGCUCCUCAAGGAACGGAUUUUUUUUUUUCAAUUAAUAAACGUCUUUUUUUCUGUUUUUCUCUAACACUAACUUGGGUCACUGGGUGGGUAUGUACCACAAGGUAUGUGCUGCCCUUGGGUCUCUGGGUAUGCGCCCUUGGGUAAGUUGCACUCCUCAAUGAACGUAUUUUACGUCAACUUGGCGCCUCUCGGUAUAUGUCUCUGGGUGUGUGCCGCUCCUCAAUGAAUCGCUGUGAUUAGAACUUUGGUCACUUGGUGUGUGCCACUAAAUAUGAACCGCGGCUCAAUGAUGAAGAAGUUAUUUAAAUUUCUUUCGCGCUGGGCGGAGUCUAACUCGCGUCAUGCAUAUUCGGACAACCUUGCCUGAAUGGGUAUAUAUUCACAAACGCGCCUCUCGGGAACUUCGCCGCGGCGGCGCCAGAUGGCGCAGCGUGCGCAAAGGUACGCGCGAAAGAGGGGGGCCCCUCUUUCUGCAUACACGCCUCACACGUGACGCGUUUGGGCGGUCGCACUACGGUGUGUCGAUGCAGUGCGUCACUGCAAAUCGCGUUAACGUCGUCAUUCGUCGUGAGAUGGGUUCUGCCAGAUUUUCCUUCUGGCACAGUGGUGGGGAGAGCAUGGAGGUGGAGCUACCAGUAGCUAUACUAUGAGCUGAACACCGCCAGGAGAGUCCGGCAAACGUGUGCAGGACACCUUCCAAAGCGACAUCGCACUGAUGGCGUCCGAAUGGACGGGCAGGGGCGGCGUCAAAGCUAGAUUGCCUCGCCGAGGCCAGCUGCCCGAUACGCCAUGCUCUCUUCUAUGGUUUCUUUCUUCACGACUUCGAAUAGCCGAUUGGAUGCCCUUGGCGUGACGUCAGUGCCCCGUGCACGGAUAACAAGGUAGCUGGAUGAAGUUUCACUAAGAAGACACAACGCCGACCGCGUUCAGUCCCACAGAAGAGGGGGAAGAAGAAAAGCCGCGUGGGCUUACGGUGGCGCCCGCUUCUCGCUUUCGUACCACUGGGUUUUCUGUGCAAGCGAACCGCGUUACAGCCCCGCAGCGGAGCCAUUCAUCGAAACAUGUCACCUGUCGAAUACUUCGGGCACGUGCAAAGUGGUGUCGAAUACUUCGGUCGCGUGCAAAGUGGAAGCGGAGAAGACAACCACGCUGCCCAAAGCUGGCCACGCAGGUUCCAGCCGGACCUGGAGCUUGUUAACGCCACCGUGACGCGCGCCCGGGGCACAGUACCCGGGAACCGCUCCAGGUCUGCACGUCAACACGAUGUCCUCCUGCACAAACACGCUCCGCCGUCCCGAAGAGACAACUCGUCGCGCGUUGUCUCGUCCGAGGAGGCGACGUUUUCGGGCGUUCGCCGCUCGAGCCAGGACGAGGAAGGUCGGUCCUCGCGUGCUACAAGAAAGUACAAGGCUCUUCCACUGCGUCCUGCUGAUGAUGUCCUGGUGGUAGCCGAACGCCACGUUCGACGCCGUCCUGGCUUUCUCGCUGAUCGUGUCUUUCAACGAUCACCCGGAAUCGCCAUUGGGAAGGCACUCGGUGCCUCCGGCUACCUCUGCGCGUUACGUGCGGGUCACGUGGGCGUGCUAAGCCCCAUUCGAAUAGACUUGCAUUGCACGACGUAAGCCGUACGGGCAUAUUUUAGGAAAAUAUAGACUCUCUUAUACCAAAAAAUAUUGCAGUUGUUCCUUCUUGUCUCUAGUGCGGUGCCUAUACUAUUCGACAGAACACUUGAGCUUAGGCCACGCGCGAACGUUUCCUUCUGACAGGUGGAAUCGCCCGGCCUUGCAUCAAACGACUGGCGGUUGGUGGCGCUGGCGCCUUUCUAAGAACAUUUUUCUAUGCAUUAUAGCAUUGGAGGUGGGCGAAAACCGAAUGUUUCGAAUUCGAAUCAAAUACGAAUGGUAUGUACCUAAUAUCGAAUCGAAUACCGAAUAUUCAAACGCAGACGCACAAAUUUACAGCAGGAACAUUUGCCCCCAUAUAGCUAGAUACCACGCUUGUACUCACUAGUGAAAAAGAAAAGACCGCUACCUAUCAGGUACAAUUAGGAUCAGUUUUGCGUGGGGUGUGCGUCUGUUUGUAGCAUUCUGAGUGUAACCGCUUGAGCUCGAGUGAGCGUGCGGUGUGGCGUGCUGUACUGUCUGCGUCAAACACAAAUCAUGUUUGCGUCAUUGUUGAAGGAAUCAUCAUCAUCGUAAAGCACGCUCUUCGCGCGUAUCGUUCUCACCGCGUGCCGGCCGUCACGGGACUCGUUCACGCUCGCUCGCUGCCAGCGCAGAUCGGCUCAUCCGAACAUUCUGACUUGAUUCCGCUUCGCCGCCAGCGCAACUGCCAUGGGAAGGAGGAUCAGCAGAGACGCCAGGCGCAUCUCGCUCAGCGAGCUGGCAAAGCGAUGGAGCUGGAGCCGGGCAGACACACCGAAGCGCGACACGUCGGGUAUGCUCAGCUACCUGAUGCCGUUCUACCUGUGCCCCGUGCUCUACCCCGGCACCAAGGAAAGCAAGUGCUUCUACUGCGUCCUGCUGAUGAUGUCCUGGUGGCAAGUUCGCCCCAUUCCCAGGCCAGUCCUGGCCUUGCUGCCGGCCAUCGCGUUGCCGCUGCUCGGCAUCAUGGGGCACGAGCAAGUCGCCACCAAUUAUUUCUCGGUGGACGUUCUGACGGCCGUGCUCCUGCUUUGGCUCGUGCUGGUGAGCGACGAAACGUCGACCGUCGGUCGGCUCAGCUACGCACUCGUGGGCCGCUUCGGAAGCCGCGCCGGGCCGGUGCUCGUGCUGCUGACGGCCUCGACGUUCGUGGCGUCGCUGGUGCUGCCGCAGAGCCUCGUGACCGUGCUGGUCACGUGCCUCGCGGAGCGCCUCUGCAACUUCGUGCGCAAGGAAGGCCUGCAGGACGCGCAGCAAUGCCUCGACCGCGCCGUCGCCGAAGACACCACGGGCCGACCGUGCGAUGUGGACACACUGAUGCUGUACGAGGAGCUGGCCGUGGCCCUGUGGAAACGUCACCGAAUGGGCCUCGCCGACCAGGACUCGGUCGAGUGUUGGGACGCCGACAAGCGCGGCACGGAUAGCCCGGAUUCCAGGAGGGUCGUGGCGCUGAAGCGCAAGGUGUCCAUCCUCAAGCCCUCCAAGUUUGCAGCCGCACAGGACGCCGCUGGAGCGUGCGCGCCCAGCGCUACCCGGUUCGCCGCCGACCUCCCACCGGGCAAGGCGUCGACGCCCCCGAACGAGUCGAAGCCGCCGGAAGGCAAACUGAUCCGUGCCAAGCGUCGCCGUCAAUCGUUCGCCGACAAGCCUCACGUGUUCGAGUACAACGAGCAUCGCCGCGUGACCCACGACAUGCCGGCCUCGCAUCAGGAGGAGCCCAGCACCAGCCGCACAUCUAACCCCAGCCCUUGGUUCACGCCGUCGCAGCAAUCGUCCGUCUCCUUGCGUGCCUCGUUAGGGAAGCCGGCAUCUUUCACAGCGGCCCGAACUGCCGGAGAAGGCGCGCCCGUGGCGGAGGCCACGUCCUCGGACCAUGGGUCCUCGUUGUCGCCGACCAGCGCUCCGAAGGUCAUCGGCAUCGCGGCGAGUGGCUCCGGUGUCGCCUUCGCCAAAUCCGCCGCGCCGUCCGAAUCGGCGACCCAGGGAUUCCGGCCCGCCGCGUCCAUGCAGCGUCGCGUCUCGAUGGCCGCCACGCUGGGUCCGCCCCGUGCGGAGCCAAACUCUGGCGGCCCCGGUGGCUCAGGCCGCUUGCAGGCGCGCCGCAUCUCCAUCCGCUAUCCGCACCAGCCGUUGAUGCCGGGUCGCGACGGUCACAGAGCCUUCCAACGGUUCCGCGCGGAUGACCGAUCCACCGGCUCCAACGCAAUGUCGUCUGCGAACGUUCCAGACGACGAGGAGGAGGAUCCCGAAGGGCUACGGCUCCGGCGCAACCAGGAGGUGCUGGCAGCCCUGUGCGUAUGCGGCAGCAUGACAAGCGUGGCCGGUAGCAUCGCCAGCUACUGGUUCACGCCGGCCGCCGAAGCCAUCGCCGCCAACAUGGACAGCUCUUCGUUGUCCUUCUGGAGUUGGACUCUGAUCACGCUGCCGGUGUCGCUGGCAGCAUCGGCUUUGUCCUCCGUCUGCGUCUACUACGGCACCCUGCAAGCCCAUGAGAGCCAGCUCAACGAAAAUGCAGAGGAACUGAUCCGCUGCUACGCCAAGCUGAAACUGGGCAGACUGGAGAGAUGCGAAAUCUUCGAACGACUAAUACUGUUGUUCUGGAUCGGCUACUCUGGAAGCACAAUCUGGUGUAGAUUCAUACACAGACAAGACCUCCCCACGUGCAUCCUGGGUGGCAUCGUGCUGCUGGCGUCGACGGCACUCAGCUCACGGCCGGGUGGCCGCGCGCCGCCGAGCAGCACGAGCCCGAGCCAGUUCCGGAGCAACGUGGACGUGGACGGGGACGACACGCCCGACUUCCGGCCCCACGGCUUCGAUCGCGGUCUCGCCUCGUUUGCCAGCCGCCUGCCGUGGGGCGUCAUCGUGAUUUACGGCGCCGCGUCGGUCAUCACGCGAGUCGCCCAGACGACGGGUGUGGCCAAGGUGGCGUUCGACACCAAGUUCUGGAGCCAGCAGUCGGACCUGGUCAAGCAGGUGCUGCUCACCAUCGCGUCGUCGCUCAUGGCCGAGUUCAUGAAUGCGGCCACGCUCUGCGACGCCAUCUUGCCCAUGGUCGUCAGCCUUCAAUCUUUUUCGCAGUCCACGGACACGGAGCAUGACGCCCUGUACUUCGGCUUGCCAGUGGCAGUGGGCGCCUCGGUGAACACCAUCAUGCCGGUCUCGCUGCCGCUGGUCAUGCUCCACGACAUUGCGCCGGUCACGCGUAAGCAGCUGAUCCUGACAGGAGCCUUCGUGAAGACCGUGGUGGUGGCCAUCAUUCUUCUCUCGAUGAACACCACGGGAGAAUACGUUUUACACAGCAACAAGCAAUUCAACAACACCGAGAGUCUGCAGACAUUCCUGCUGCGCUAAACCCACUCUAGAGAGACCGCGGGGACUGCGACAUUCUUUUCUUGAUUUCUUUCUCAUUUGUUUUUUCACAGUAAAGCGCAGGCUGACAUAUAGUGAAUAAAACGCCUUAUUCGACGGCUAAA